AUGCCUGAGUCCUAUUUUGACUCUCCUGAAGGGAGCCGUUGCUAUAGAGAAUCGAACAAAAUGCUUCCGAAGGUCAGCGUGGAGCCGGGUUCAGAGUGGCAUCCAGCAGCUCUUGCAGAGGACUUCGACAAAUGGAUGGAGGUGAGAAGGCUGUGGAGCUGGUAUCAGAACUCGUCUCGAGAAAAGAUAGUUGCGAGCAAGGUAAAAGGAGCAGGAGGGGAAGGUAGUCCUGAAAAGCUACCUGAACCUCCUGCUCCGCGAAUUUCGGGGGAACGGCGUCGAUAUCUCCACGAGUAUACAACUUCAACACUCACUCCAUCCUCCUCUAAUUCUUCCAUACUGUCAAACAAUUCCGAUGGCACACUACCAACCACCGCCUCUACAUCACCUGCCAACUCAUUUUCAGCCACCUUCUGCACUUCAACACACCCUCUUCUCUCCUCUCUUCCCUCUUCAAUCAUUCUGUCUGAUAUCACGCCAACAAUUAUCCACCCUCCAUCCGAUAGCCUUGCCCUAUUCUCAACCGAAUACUUCGAGGCACGACGAUCGAAGAAAGGAGGUUAUGGCGCAUUUGCAACAAAGAAUAUUGAAGCAGAGACCAUUGUCAUGGUCGAGAAGCCGCUCUUCCGGGCCACUUUCAUGGAGGUCUUCGUCGAGUUGGAGAAAUUGACUCGAGAGCAAAGAAGAGAGUAUAGAACGCUUCACGGAUACUCGGGCCUCUCCCCCACGAAAGAUCUCGCCAUUUACAAGACAAACCGAUUUGAGACUUCUGGCGGAAAAGGAGGCAUAUUCAUCAAGUCGUCAAGAUUCAAUCAUGCUUGCCACCCAUAUGCUACUUGUAGCUAUCGAUACGAUGAAGCGGCUGAAUUACUAAUUUUCACUGCUUGCAACCCAAUCAAAAAGGAUCAGGAAAUCACGAUCUCAUAUACCACAAAUCCUUCUCAGUUGAAGGACAACUACGGCUUUUACUGCGACUGUCCCAAAUGUCCUCCACCCAAGAUCGCCCAGAAACAAGCGAAAGCACUUCGAGGACCGCGGUGA